AAUGAUAAAAAUCAUAAAAUUAUUACUUAUGAGUUAUGAUAAAUGAAAAUCCGAUUUUUUUUAUAAAUUUGUAAGAUUUUUUCGCAAACCAUCUCGAGUUUCUUUGAAAAGGGUUUUGUGGAGCGGGUAGCAUAUUCAGAAGCAAAAUUUCAUAUCCCAUGAUCGAGAAUUUCUUCGUACUUUGCUUGCGAUAGUACUUUCCAUCUACAUACGCACCAUGUCCCAUUUGGGAUACGCUGGCUUAAUGGCUCUUCCUAGAUACGGUGAAGGAGCGGUUAGUUGCUUGUUUUAUCUCGCGAAAAGAGGUACCGCCACCUCAGCCAGCCGACCAUCGCACGCUGUUGGUUUGAUGGGUCCAGCAGUAAGGAAUUUACUGGAACAAUAUGCGAUAACGAAGGAAAAAAUCGAAGGCACUGGACCAAAGGGAGUUAUUCUUAAAGGAGAUGUUUUACAUUUUAUACAAAGCCAGAAGCUAAAACCAGCGGUCAUUAAAGUUCCACUUCCUGUAUCCAGCGGUAACUCUGCUACGCCGGCAAAAACGACUGUGCCCUCUGGGAAGCCUGGACCGAAAGACUCCCGAGGGCGUAUAAAAUAUUUUGACGUUCCCGUUCCUCACGAUAUUAAAGAAUCUUCCACUGCUGUCGUGAAGGGAAAGACAGCUGUCCCGCAUGGUUAUUUGUAUGCAACUUGCAGAGUGGACGAAGCGCUGAAGUAUUUUGCAGAAAACACAAAAGAUAAACAGCCUGUUACUUUAACUGACGUAAUCGUACGGGCUGCGGCAUCAGCUGCUCAGAAAGCACUUUCACAAUUGUACUCAAAGGAAAAAUAUUUGGAUCUGGGUGUGCAAUCGUUCAGAAAUGGAAAGUUCGAGACUCGCCUAUUGAAGAAAGCCAACGCGCUAAGAAUAAAAGAUAUUAGCAAGCAGCUAAUGGUACGUGAAAGUGGCCAAAUGGAUUCGACUAAAACAAGUCAUCUUUCUCAAAGGGUGGUCAGUCUCGUUGGGAGUCGGUUAGACCAAAUUACGGAAGUUCUGACCCCCGCGCAGACGUGGGUUCUGUCGGUCGGGGAUGCACUAACUCGUAUCGACGCACAAACUAAGGCGCCAUCAAAAAUCGUUACGCUGGCGUUCACUUACAACUCCGCUAUAAUUUCGGAAUAUGAAGCUUCGCAAUUCCUUGAUAACGUGAAAAAUUCGGUCGAGAGACCGGUAUUUAUUUUGCUCGGUAUAGGUGGUAUGCGACCACAAAUGGAUAAUAAUGCAGUUGAUACUUUGUGAUACGUGGUUUGUGGGAUUGCGAUAGUUCUUGUUUAUUGGCGUUAUUCAACCAAGAGCCCAUGAUGUAACGUAUUUAUUUAAUUGUGCAGUGAAUUUAUUUAGAAGUCUGAAAAUCUGUGAAGUGCAUAUUCUUUUGAUGUCGCUGUUUGACUGUGUGGUGGUGCUGGUUAGUUGUAUAAGUACUACCCGUAGUAACCGAAGCAUACAUGGAUUUACUGUGGUAGACUGGUAGUCAAUAAUGCUGGAUGGAGAGGAAAUGGUACACUUGAUAUAAGUACUUCUAGAUAUAACCUACGAUAGUUCUUUAGUAAUCUAAGUGCUCGACGACACUCGAUGAUUAUUAAUGGUGA